ACUGACGUGUCUACAACUGCCAGUAGCUCCUUUAUCGGUGUCCACACUCCGUAGGAUCCUCUCGAUGGCGCUGUUCCCACCGGAAUUCCUGGCCGGCAUCCUGCUGGCCUUCGUGCAGCUGCGGCUCCGCUCGCACUUCAGUCUGGCCACAUGGCUAGUCAAUGGCCUUACCUUCUUCCUGCCUCCAGAGGACGAGCUCAUCGCGACGCUAAACGGCCAGCCGCUGACCAAGGGCGGCAAAAGCGGCAAGACGCCGGCCGGCCAGCCGCUCAGCGCGGCCGAGAAGAUGGACAAGUUCUACGUGCGUGUGGCCAAGACGGAGCCUGGCGUGUUCAGCCAGACGCUGUUCUUCGAGCUGUACGAGAUGCUGGUGGUGCUGGUCUCGUCGGCCUCCGUCGGCUGCUGGAUCGGCAGCGUCGUGAGCUUCUCGACCCCGUGGUUCAGCCCCACGGCCGACGACGUCGAUGACAAGGUGGACGUGGCCACGUACGGCCUGAUGUCGGCCAUGCUCGUGGCCCUGUGGUUCCCGUUGCAGCUCAACUUCGCCCAAGGCUGGGCUGGCUACGAGGCUCGACUGGGCCUGGCCGUCGGGUUCAUCGGCCUCAUUGUGUCGGGCUUCAUCAUCCUCUCGCCCAAGGGAAUGUUCGACUUUGACCUGGAGCUGGCGGCCCAGUUGGCUGGCCAGCGUAUGGAGAUUGUACUCCGCGCUUUGGGCUUCGUGGAUGCAGACUUCGUCAACAUUGCGCCGCUGGCCGAGAUGGCCCGCGUCUCUCUCUUCUUCACCUUUGCUCUACUCGCCGGCAUCUUCACAUGCACAACAUUCCUACCAUCAUUCCGGUUCGCCCGCAUGUACUCGGAGAUGAUCAAGGACAAGCAAACGUCGGCCGUGAUGAAGCUGUUCCUGCACCUCAACAUGUUGUUCCCUGUGCUCAUCUGCGCGCUGUGGGUGCCGCGUCUGUCCAGUAACGUAUUAGUCCCGUCAGAGCUGGUCAAGUGCUCUCCACGUGCAUUGGCCCGUGAUUGUCUACAGAGCGAAGUGCUCGGCCUUGCCCACACGUCGGACGUCUGGAAAUGGUACAGUCUCACCGAGUCACAGUUCCACACACUUCGCGUCUACGUCGUGUUCGUGGCCUGCUUGGUACGCUUGGUCUGCUUCCGUACGCACCUCCAGUACUUCCUCUUAGAGCCUCGUGAAGUCAUGUCCUCACUUGUCAGCCGUCCGGGCUACGUGGACGGUGCGUUGCUGCAGAACAAGGUGCGUCUGCAGUUCAACUACGUGCCGAUCAUCGCGCUGCAGUAUCUAGCGCCGGUGUGUGCGCUGUUGGCAGCCACGCAGCUGUUGAUGAAGCAGACGGCGACGUCUCUCGGUAUCUUUAAGGCCAUCACGUGGAUGCUACAGCGCGUGAAUGUGUCGAUCCCCGCUAGCCUCACGUCAGAGGGAUUGGACGCGGCCUCGUUGAACGUUCUACCGGACCCCAGUGCGCCGCCCAACCUCGGCGGAUUCCGACUGGGCGACGAGCUGAGCAAGGAGAACGUGGCGCCGUUCUUACGCGGUAUGGGCCAGUUCCCUGUGCUCACGGCCGAGUUCUACGACGCGGCCCUGGGCUUCCUGAUCUGGUUCUUGAGCUUCACCAUGUUCGCUGUGAGCUUGGCCGGUCUCAUCUACUGGCGCAACGUCGCGGCCCACGGCGCGGAGGUUGAACAAACUCCUGUGCGGCAGAACAAACAGACCCCGAAGACGCUGAAGAACCAGCUUAAGAGUCUCAAACUCAAGAAGAACAAGUAGAUAGAAUGCAACAACUGCAGGCCUCAAGGAAAUACAGAAACCCCUGCUUGUUCAAGUUGA